AUGACCACUUUACUAUUAGUGUUUGUGUGUUUGCGAGUCAUCACCGCAGCCAUCUCUGUGGAGCUCUCAGACAGUAGUGAUGGCCUGGAAGUGAAGAUACCUGAGCAGUCUCCCCUGCGUGUUGUGCUGGGAAGCUCCCUGAACAUCCCCUGUUACUUCAACAUCCCAGAGGAACAGGACACCAGUGCUCUGCUGACCCCACGGAUCAAAUGGAGCAAACUCUCAAACGGGACCGAAGUUGUCUUGCUAGUGGCCACUGGUGGGAAAAUCCGGCUCAACACCGCAUACAGGGAGGCGAUCUCUUUGCCCAAUUACCCCGCCAUCCCCACCGAUGCCACCUUGGAAAUCAAGGCGCUGAGAUCCAACCACACUGGGAUUUAUCGCUGUGAAGUGAUGUACGGGAUUGAGGACAGACAAGACACAAUAGAGGUCCUAGUGAAAGGCAUCGUAUUCCACUACAGAGCAAUCUCCACAAGGUACACCUUGAACUUCGAGAAAGCAAAGCAGGCCUGUAUCCAGAACAGUGCUGUCAUUGCUACUCCUGAGCAGCUGCAAGCUGCCUACGAGGAUGGGUACGAGCAGUGUGAUGCUGGCUGGCUGGCUGAUCAGACUGUCAGGUAUCCCAUCCACUGGCCUCGGGAGCGCUGCUACGGCGACAAGGAUGAGUUUCCAGGGGUGAGGACCUACGGUGUCCGCGAGCCAGAUGAAACCUAUGAUGUUUACUGCUAUGCAGAGCAAAUGCAAGGUAAAGUCUUUUAUGCCACCGCCCCUGAGAAGUUCACCUUCCAAGAAGCUUUCGACAAAUGCCGCAGUUUGGGAGCCCGUUUGGCCACCACGGGAGAGCUGUACUUGGCCUGGAAGGAUGGCAUGGACAUGUGCAGUGCAGGCUGGCUGGCCGAUCGCAGCGUCCGCUACCCCAUUUCCAGAGCACGGCCCAACUGCGGAGGAAACCUGGUGGGCGUGCGGACGGUGUACCUGUACGUUAACCAAACGGGGUACCCUCACCCCGACUCUCGCUAUGAUGCCAUCUGCUAUGGGGACGACGCUGAGACUCUUGUCCCAGGGCAGUUCAUCGACGAGACGGGAAGCGAGCUGGGCAGCGCUUUCACUGUCCAGACCGUCACCCAGACCGAAGUGGAGCUAUCUCUGCUACACAACGUCACGGAGGAGGAGGCCCGUGGCAGCAUCGCCACCCUGGAGCCCAUUGAGAUCACACCCACCACCACCGAGCUGUACGAGGGCUUCACUGUCCUGCCGGAUCUCUUUGCCACCAGUGUCACAGUAGAGACAACUGCCCCAGAGGAGGAGAACGUGACCAGGGGGGAUGUCACAGGGGUGUGGGCUGUACCUGAAGAGAUCACCACCAUAGCCUUAGGCACUGCCAUCACCACUGAAAUGGCAGAGGUGAGCUCGGUGGAAGAGGUCGUGGGGGUGACUACCACACCAGGACUAGAGCCUGCCUCGGUGUUCACAGUGGAAGAUCAGCUCGUGCGAGUGACAGCAGCCCCCGGUGUCGGUCUCCUCCCUGAGCAGCCCAUCUCCCCCACGGGUGUGGUGUUUCACUACCGUGCCGCCACCAGCAGAUACGCCUUCUCCUUCGUCCAAGCCCAGCAGGCCUGCCUGGAGAACAAUGCAGUUAUCGCCACUCCUGAACAGCUCCAAGCCGCCUAUGAGGCUGGCUUUGACCAGUGCGAUGCUGGCUGGCUGCGGGACCAGACAGUCAGGUAUCCCAUUGUGAAUCCCCGAAGUAACUGCGUAGGAGACAAAGAGAGCUCUCCGGGUGUGCGUUCUUACGGCAUGCGCCCAGCCUCAGAGACCUACGAUGUGUACUGCUACAUUGACAGGCUCAAGGGCGAGGUGUUCUUCGCAACCCAGCCAGAGCAGUUCACCUUCCCAGAAGCUCAGCAGUACUGCGAGAGCCAAAACGCCACGCUGGCCUCUGUUGGCCAACUCCACGCCGCCUGGAAGCAGGGCCUGGACAGAUGCUACGCAGGCUGGUUAGCCGACGGCAGCCUCCGCUACCCCAUCGUGACCCCCCGUCCCGCCUGCGGGGGGGACGCGCCUGGCGUGAGAACCGUCUAUCAGCACUACAACCAGACGGGCUUUCCCGACCCGCUGUCCCGGCACCACGCCUUCUGCUUCAGAGCUCUGCCACCUGUGGAGGAGGAGGGGGUCACCUCAUUCUUUGAAGAAGAUGUGCUGGCAACCCAAGUGAUCCCUGGAGUGGAGGGGGUACCCUCCGGGGAGGAGGUGACCGUGGAGACAGAGUUUGCUACGCAACCUGAGAAUCAGACAGCGUGGGGGACAGAGGUCUUCCCAACCGACAUGUCACUGCUCUCAGUGAGUCCAUCUGCUUUUCCCCCAGCUACUGUAAUACCAGAGGAAACAAGUACCGAUGCUUCCAUCAGCGAAGUGUCAGGGGAGGUGACUGAAUCUGGAGAACAUCAAGUCAGUGGUGAAUCUUCAGCAUCUGGGUGGGUACCUGGAGUCCUGGAUACAAGUGAAGAACCGACUUCUGGAGUUUUUGAACUUAGUGGAGAACACUCAGGGAUCGGAGAAAGUGGAUUACCAUCAGUAGACCUGCAUACCAGUGGCUUUCUACCUGGAGAAAGUGGGCUACCCUCAGGGGACCUGAGUGGCCUGCCUUCUGGCACUGUUGACAUCAGUGGCUUACCUUCUGCAGAGGUAGAUAUAUCAGUGUCUACUUCGAGGAUACCAGAAAUUAGCGGGAUGCCAUCUGGAGUGGAAAGCAGUGGGCUGCCUUCUGGAUUCAGCGGAGAAAUCUCUGGCACUGAGCUAGUCAGCAGCGUAUCAUCUGGAGACGAAAGUGGAUUCGCCUCUGGUUUUCCUACUGUCUCUCUUGUGGAUACCACAUUGGUGGAAGUUGUAACAACUGCGCCAGAACGGCAAGAGGAGGGAAAAGGAUCCAUUGGAGCCAGCGGUGAGGGAGAUCUGUCAGGGUUCCCAUCCACUGACUGGGUCACCUGUGGCGGAGCCCAAGGUUUACCUUCAGGAUCUGAGCUCAGCGGGGAGCCCUCCGGAGGGUCUGAGCUCAGUGGGGAGCCUUCUGGGGUGCCCGAGCUGAGCGGGGAGCCUUCUGGGGUGCCCGAGCUGAGCGGGGAGCAUUCUGGGGUGCCUGAGCUCAGGGGGGAGCCCUCCAGAGGGCCUGAGCUCAGCGGGUUGCCCUCAGGACUGGAUGUCAGUGGAGAACCAUCUGGAACACAUGAGGUCAGUGGCCUGAUGGACCUAAGUGGCCUAACUUCUGGUGUCGAUGGAAGCGGUGAGGCUUCGGGCAUUACCUUUGUAGAUGCCAGUUUGGAGGAAGUGACAACCCCCUCAAUUACACGAGCAGAAGCAAAAGAGAUUUUGGAAGUCAGUGGAAUGCCUUCAGGAGGUGAAGAUGCAUCAGGCACGGCUUCUGGGACUUUAGACAGCAGUGGUGAGCCUUCUGGGUAUGUAGACUUUGGUGGGAGUGUUUCUGGAGUGCUCGAGAUGAGUGGACAUCCAAGUGGAGUGAUUGACAGCAGUGGAGAAGUCUCUGGAGUUGAUGUCACCAGUGGCCUACUGUCUGGAGAGGAAAGUGGACUCACCUCUGGUUUUCCCACCGUCUCUCUUGUGGAUACCACUUUGGUGGAAGUUGUAACACAGAUGUCAGUUGCACAGGAGGUGGGAGAAGGGCCAUCUGGGAUGAUAGAAAUCAGUGGAUUUCCUUCUGGAGACAGAGGACUAUCUGGAGAAGGGUCUGGAGCCAUGCAGACUAGUGGGUUUCCUUCAGGGACAGGAGACUUCAGUGGAGAGCCAUCCGGGAUCCCAUACGUCAGUGGAGACAUUUCUGGAGCCACAGACCUAAGUGGACAAUCUUCAGCAGUGACUGCUAUUAGUGGGGAGGCCUCAGGGCUUCCAGAAGUCACUUUAGUCACUUCUGAUUUAGUGGAAGUUGUGACAAGACCAACAGUAUCACAGGAACUGGGUGGGGAAACAGCUGUCACAUUUCCCUAUAGUUUUGGGCCAAGUGGUGAGGCCUCUGCAUCUGGUGAACUAAGUGGGGAAAUAUCUGCAUUGCCAGAAAGUGGUAUAGAAACAUCAAGAGCUUAUGAAAUCAGUGGUGAAACAUCUGCAUUUCCUGAAACUAGUAUAGAAACAUCCACGAUUCAAGAAAUCAGUGGGGAAACAUCUGCAUUUCCUGAAACGAGUGUAGAAACAUCCACAAUUCAAGAAAUCAGUGGGGAAACAUCUGCAUUUCCUGAAACUAGUGUAGAAACAUCCACAAUUCAUGAAAUCAGUGGAGAGACAUCUGCAUUUCCUGAAUUUAGCAUAGAAACAUCAACGAUUCAAGAAAUCAGUGGGGAAGCAUCUGCAUUUCCUGAAAUUGUCAUAGAAACAUCCACAAGUCAAGAAGCCAGGGGAGAAACAUCUGGAUAUCCUGAAAUUAGCAUAGAAACAUCCACAGUCCAUGAAACCAGUGGAGAAACAUCUGCCUUUCCUGAAAUUAGCAUAGAAACAUCCACAGUCCAUGAAACCAGUGGGGAAACAUCUGCCUUUCCUGAAAUUAGCAUAGAAACUUCGACGGUCCACGAAAUCAGUGGGGAAACAUCAGCAUUUCCUGAAAUUAGAAUAGAAACAUCCACAAGUCAAGAAGCCCGAGGUGAAACAUCUCCCUUUCCUGAAAUUAGCAUAGAAACAUCAACAAGUCAAGAAGCCAGGGGUGAAACAUCUGCCUAUCCCGAAAUUAGCAUAGAAGCAUCCACAGUUCAGGAAGUAAGUGGGGAAACCUCUGCGUUUCCUGAAAUUAGAAUAGAAACAUCCACAAGUCAAGAAGCCCGGGGUGAAACUUUUGCAUUUCCUGCAACUAAAAUAGAAACAUCCACAGUCCACGAAACUAGUGGGGAAACAUCUGCAUUUCCUGAAAUCAGCACAGAAACAUCCACAGUCCACGAAACCAGUGGAGAAGCAUCUGCAUUGCCUGCUGCUAACAUCGAAACAGCUGCCACAUCUUUGGCCAAUGGUGAGCCUUCUGGUGCUCCCAAGGAGAAGGAAAUUCUUGAUGCAAUAUCUGGAGCUGUGACACACUCGAUUGCAGGCAUUUCAGGAGAAAUGUCUGUCCCAGAUGUUGUAAUUAGUACCAGUACUCCAGAUGUUGAACCAACACAGGGACCCAGAAACCCUGAAGAGGGUCAGCUCGAAAUAGAGCCCUCCCCUCCCGCAGUGUCAGGACAAGAGGUGGAGACAGCUGUUGUUCUGGACAAUCCCCAUCUGCUGGCCACCACUACUGCUGCCCUGCCUCAAGUCUCACAAGAAGCAAUAGAUGCGUUAGGACCCACUACAGAAGACACCGAUGAGUGCCACUCAAGCCCCUGUCUGAAUGGAGCUACCUGCGUUGAUGGCAUCGACUCUUUCAAAUGCUUAUGCCUUCCCAGCUACGGAGGGGACCUGUGUGAGAUCGACCUGGAAAACUGUGAGGAAGGCUGGACCAAGUUCCAGGGCCACUGCUACAGGCACUUUGAAGAGAGGGAGACUUGGAUGGAUGCAGAGACCAGAUGCCGACAACAUCAAGCCCACCUGAGCAGUAUCAUCACCCCAGAGGAGCAAGAAUUUGUGAACAGCCACGCGCAGGACUACCAGUGGAUCGGCCUCAGUGACAGAGCUGUGGAGAACGACUUCCGCUGGUCCGACGGGCACUCCCUGCAAUUUGAGAACUGGCGGCCCAACCAACCUGAUAACUUCUUUGCGGCGGGUGAGGAUUGCGUUGUAAUGAUCUGGCACGAGCAAGGCGAAUGGAACGACGUUCCCUGCAACUAUCACCUCCCUUUCACCUGCAAGAAAGGAACAGUGGCCUGCGGGGACCCCCCUGUUGUGGAGAAUGCCAGGACCUUCGGUCGGAAGAAGGACCGCUACGAAAUAAACUCCAUGGUGCGGUACCAGUGCAACCAAGGCUACAUCCAGCGCCACGUGCCCACGAUUCGGUGCCAGCCCAACGGGCAGUGGGAGGAGCCACGGAUAUCCUGCAUGAACCCCUCCAACUACCAGCGCAGGCUAUACAAGAGGAGCCCCAGGAGCCGGUCAAGACCCAGCGGCAGAGCCGUGCACAGACCCACCCAUUAGAGCGGGGCGAGAGAGACCGAGGGGGAAAGCGAGAAAGAGAGAUUUAUAACGGAACAGUUAUAUUAACAGAGUUGAUUUCUUCUUCUUCUUGUUGCUUUUUUGUCAUAUAAGGAAAAAAAAAC